AUGAGAUACAAGAUUAAAGUAUCCCUCUUUGGUCAUUGUCUUGAUGAAUUUCAACAUAAGAUUGCUGCUGCUCAUAAUAAAUUAGGUAAUAAUGAUCAAGCAUUAAGUGAUUGUUUCCGUUCAAUUGAAAUCGAUCCAAAUUAUAGUAAAGUUUAUGGAAGACUUGGUGUCAUAUAUCUAUCAUUGGACAAAGCACAUGAAGCACUUGAUGCUUAUAAAAAAGCUCAUACACUUGAUCCCAAUAAUGAGAAUUAUAAACAAUCUAUACGACAUUGUGAAGAUCAAUUGAAUGAAUCAGAAACUAAUAAUAAUAAUAAUCCGACUAAUGGUCCAAAUCUAACAUCCAUGUUUGGUACAUUAUUAGGUGGUACAAGUGGUGGACCUAAUAUGACGUCUUUUUUUAAUAAUCCUGCUUUAAUGAAUAUGGCAACACAAUUUGUUCAAAAUCCACAAGUUCAAGGAUUAAUGGCUAAUUUAGUAACAAAUUUAAAUGGACAAGAAGGUGGUCCAGCUGGCUUAGAUACUUUAUUACAAGCAGGUCAACGUAUGGCUAGUGACUUAUCAGCUAAUAAUCCUAAUUUAGUCGAGUCUCUUCGACGUAAUAUGACUAAUCAACCGAAUAGAAAUAAUAAUUCAACAUCAAAUUCUAAUAAUGAAGGAGAUCAAAACAGACCAUCAUCAUCAUAA